GAUUACAGCAGUGGUGGUAUGAGCUGCGGGUCAGAGACUCGUGCAGCACAAACCCACGGGAUUCUUCUCAGAGGAGCGGAUUUGCUUCAUCGUUUUAAGGGAUGGAAUUACACAGCGGAUCUGGACCAACACAUGCUGAAGAACUGCGUUUACAUUCUGUGUCAAUCGCAUCCCUUUAACACAGGGACAGAUCCCUUAGAUGCACACAGUCAGAGAUCAAAUACUAACUGCAAAUAGGCGUCCGAUCUCACUGUAGUCAGCUGACGGAUUUUGUUCCUUAUCACCUUCAAACUACAAGCCUGUGAACUAUUCUCCUUCAGUCCUGCCCCGUUAUUGUACAGUGAGAGAGAUGCCUGUGUUACAGCAUCCAAACACCACUGCUGGCGUUUCGCACACAGAUUAUGAAUGGAGGUACGAAUACUACGAUGACGAAGAGCCAGUUUCGUUCGAGGGACUCAAAGCACACAAAUAUUCCAUUGUAAUUGGCUUCUGGGUGGGUCUUGCAGUGUUUGUCAUUUUUAUGUUCUUCGUGCUCACUCUUCUGACCAAGACAGGAGCUCCGCAUCCAGAGAGUGCUGAACCGUGUGAGGAUUGCGUACAUCUGACUAGCUGUGUUGAGGAACUAGGCCGCCCUCGGGAGCCAGAGAACACCAGAGCUGGUCUACCUCGACCUUUGCUGGAGGAGUCUCGCUUUCUCUUUAACUGCUACAUUAAUGAAGAAGAGCAAGCAGGAGAUCGGUCCCUGAGCCAAGCCCGCAGAGCUCACACACGAUCAAACAGCAGUGACUCGAGUGGCCAGAUGAAAACCGGUGGCCUAAUUGUUCAGAGUACACAACUGGAGAUGAUGGAAGAUAAUGAGGCAGCUUUUCUGGCUCAUUUCAACAUCCCAAACUUUGUGAACUCUGAACUCAGCUCCACACUGGGUGAAGAUGACUUACUGCUGGGUGAGCCACCUAUAAUAAUGGACAGUGAAACUCAUUCCCACAGUACCAGUCUCAUUAGAGACUAAACACUUGAACCACAGAUUUUUUUUUUUUGCCAAAAUGAAAAUUAGCCAGACUGGGUGAAAUAUGUAAGGAUACUAAAUAAAUCUGCUCUAAAAAGCAGACUGAAGUCCAUCACUGAACUUAACAUUAAAACUUACACAGAACUCAUUCAUCUUCUGUCCUAUAGCUCUGCACUAUGCAGAUUUUUGGGCAUUUUCAGAGGUAGGCCGAGGCACUGUAAGACCGUAUGAUGUGCCUCUUGUAACUGUAACCAAAACAUGUGUCCGUUAUCCUCAUCUGUCCACACUCCCUCACAGUAUGUCCCUUCAUGUUCUAUGUGGAAAUAUCCAUUGCAAAAAAAAGGUUUGACAAAAAGAGCAAAUGUUGAAUGAAAUGAGAUGGCCACAUUUUGCUGAAGAAAUAUUAGCUUGGUUUUGAAGGUUGUUUAAUUAUAAUAACACAACAAUUCAAAUAUUUAAUAGCAUUAAAUGUACGGUUUUUGUAUGUACAGUUAAACUAUAAAUGGUCAUAUUUAUUCUAGACUAGCAUAUUGCCCUUAUCCAGUGUCAACAAAACAUGGUGUCUAUUAGUUAAAACAAUAGAACUCAUCAAAGAUUGUUAAAAUGCUCAACACAUUCUGUUGUAGUGAAAGUGUUAUUAAAGGUCAAGUACAGAAGAAUGCUGCCCUUAGGACAAAAUAAAGACAUUUAACAACACAUCAAUAUUAAAUUCAGAGAUUUUAAAGAGUUUCUUUA